AUGACGCACCGCGCCGAUGCCUCCAACACCCUCGAUAAUCGCGGCUACAGCGGUCCGCUGGUACGAGGGCAAAAUCCUGCUCUCCUCCUAGAGACAGCCAUGCGCGACCGCAUCACCGACUCCCUUUACUGGAAAGAACAGUGUUUUGGUCUGAACGCAGCCACCUUGUGCGAUCGAGCCGUCGAACUCAGCUACAUUGGCGGUACAUAUGGCGUAGCUAUGAAACCCACGCCCUUCAUCUGCCUCGCAUUUAAACUCCUGACGCUCGUCCCCGACCGAGAGAUUGUGCUCGAAUACCUACAAAAUGGAGGAGAGGAGUGGAAAUAUCUGAGAGCGUUAGCGGCAUUCUAUGUCCGCUUGACGUUCGAGCCUGCAGACAUUUACAAGACCUUGGAACCGUUUCUGGAGGAUUCGAGAAAAUUAAGGCAGAGGAGGAAGGAAUCUUAUGUCUUGAUACACAUGGACGAGUUCGUGGACAAUCUGCUCACGAAGGAUCGAGUGUGCGGGACAAGUUUAUGGAAAUUGCCUGCUAGGCAGUUGUUGGAGGAUUUGGAACAGUUGGAUGAGCGGGUUAGUCCAAUGCAGGCGGAACUGGAUGUCAUGGAAGAGGAGGAAAAUGGCGAGAAAAGAGAUGAGAAUGAGGGUAUGGAAGAUGUGGAAGAUAUGGAAAGAAACGGGACGGCUUCUGAGAAUGGGAGGAGUCCCAGGUCGUCGAGCAGGAGUCGUUCGAUCAGUGAUUGA